UUCCUGCAGGCACAUCACUUUGGUGCACCAUCGUUGAUCACAAGCUCAUCACCGCCCUGAAACGUAUCUGAAUCUACUUUCACUGGAAAUGAAACACGCGGUGCUAUUUACACGUCUUCAGGAGUGCUGGCAGACUCCUUAAGCACACAGCCUCACUCUGUUGGUGUGGUCGUGCUGAACAUUUAUUCUUGCUCCGAGGCUCGAGUGAUCCUUCUUUAUCUGUGCUUGCAGAAUAUUCGAAAUGAAGGAGCCAAUAUCUGUAGGGAAAGCAUCUUGAAGAGAAAGAGGCCGUUUUGAGUGUGUGACUGUACGUGUGUGUGUGUGUGUGUGUGUGUGUGUGCAUGUGCGGACGCGGAUGAGCUUUUAUAGGCCAUGUCUGUCCCCACCAAACAAGAGAGGACAGUAUGUGUCCUCCUUCCCACCAAGGAGACAUUGGACAUCACAGUGGGGCUGAAAGCGACGGGUCAAGAUGUGUUUCAUCGUGUCUGUGAGCUACUCGGGGUUAAAGAGCUGCACUACUUUGGAUUAACUUUAGUCAAAAACAAUGAGCACAUCUUUCUGGACUUGGAAGAGAAACUUGCUAAGUACUUUCCUAAGGAGUGGAAACAGGACUCGGGGAAGGGGUCACAGAGGAGGUCAAUCCCUCCCCUGCUCUGUCUGAAGGUCCAGUACUAUGUGGAGAACGGCAGGCUCAUCUGUGAGCGUAAAGCGAGAAAACUGUACUACUAUGAUCUGCGGGAACGGGUCUUGCGCUCAGAAUGCCGGCAGCAGGAGGAAGUGUAUUUCCAGCUGGCAGGAUACGCCCUGCAGGCCGAUCACUCUGACCACCCCUCAGACAGCCACAGUCAGGGACACGCUGUGUAUUUCCAACCCAAAGAAUACUUCCCACCCUGGAUAAUUGCGAAGCGUGGCAUCGACUACCUGCUGUGUCACGGGCCCAAGGUUCAUAAAGAGCUGUGGGGGAUGUCCUCGCGUGACGCUAUCCUGCUCUUCAUCAGAGAAUCCUGCCGUCUGGAGGAUGUCCCAGUCACCUUUUAUCGCCUGCAGAAGGACAAGAAAGAAGAGAAAGGUUCAGCGCUACUUGGACUUACUCUACGAGGAAUGCAAGUGUAUCAGGAGGUGAACAACGUGCGUGAUCUGCUGUAUGACUUCCCCUGGUUUCACGUGGGACGGCUCACCUUUCUGGGGAAGAAGUUUGAGAUCCAGCCGGAUGGUUUGCCCUCAGCGAGGAAGCUGGUGUACUACACAGGUUCCGCUUUUCGUUCCCGACAUCUUCUGCUGCAUUUAAGUUCCUGUCACCGACUGUACCUCAGUUUGCAACCUGCUCUCAAACACCUGCGGCAGCUGGAGGAGACAGAGGAGAAGAAAAGGUACCGUGAAUCGUACAUCAGUGAUGAGCUAGACUUGGAUCAGCCGUGCAGCGAGGGCAGUCCCCGUCUGUCUCGACACUCCACCAGCAGCUCUGGCAUCGAGGCGGACACCAGGCAAAACAGCGUCUCCGUAGAGAUGGUUUCCAUGGAGGGGAAAGAAAAGUCCUUCAUCUCCGCUGUCAGUCACGGCUCCUCACGCACCUCUGGCAUUGAUACGAGCAGCAAAGCUCGGGCUGAGGAAGACGAGUGGCAGGAGGAAGAUCUGCAGGAUGUGGGGAAGGAGCCGGGAGAGGUCUCUGUGGACGACCCUGUGGAUUUUUUGCGAUUGGCUGAGCUGCUGGAGGGCGUGUCCGUCGACUGUCCCACCGUCCAAUCAGACACUGAAUUUAAAGGUCUACAAAUGAGUUCAGUUACAGGCAACGAUCAAGUAGACCAUUGUGAUCCAGAGAGCAUAAAACAGGCUGCGAAUCAGAAGUCUCGUAACCCAGCGGACCGCUACAGUCUGAGCCUGGAUGACGUGCGACGGUAUUCCCCUCUUCUCCCUCUGGGAACGGCAUUGGUGCCAGACACCUCCGUCAGCUACACGUUUGGGCUUCCGCAUUCCCCAACCUCCCUGUGUCCAGACAGUACUUCUUUCUGUGUCCAGCGCUCCACAAACUGCCUAUCUCUGGACCUGCUGGAUGAUAACCAGCCGCUGGAGCUUGUCCUUUAAGAAACCCGAGAAGCUUCCUGUUGUCUGAAGCGCUAACGGGACCCAUUUUUAUCAGGAAUUUUGUUAAACUCAACCAAGGCUGUGAUGUGUUUCUAUGCUGUUCAGCAGCAGGACAAUACGAACAAUUAAUUGUGGGUUGUUUUACAGAACGUACAACAUGUAGAACUUUCUACAGAAUGAGUUAAUGAAUGAUCUUAGAGGAGUCACGCGUUACUAUGUGCUAAAUCCGUGAUAAAAUGACUUGAUAAAACCUUCUCUUCCAAGUAAAUUCUAACCAGCUGUGACAACAAUAAGCAGCGAGAGCUCACGGUGAACUUUCAUUGGUCCAAAUCGACAUGGCUGAACUGUAUAGGAAACAUCAAAACGAAACAUUUUCACGUUCUUUGUGAACAGACAAAUUACCUGUGGGCUCGCACCAAGUUAGGACAUGGUGUAACAUGUUAUGCUACAAAGUUUGCUUUGGGAAGGAAACGUUGGACCUCCGAAUUUCACAUUUGCUCUAAAUUGACUUGAGAAUGUCAAACUCGGAGGAGCAUUCUCUGAAUUACAGUGCGAAUACAGAGAGAAGCCACCAGAAAAUCCACUAAGAAGACAAAAAAACGUGUCUUGUACUCAUGCAAAUGCCGUACGUUCCUUUAAACAAAGACUUUAAACUUAAUUUCCAUUUAAUGUAUGCGAUCAGUUACAUUACUAACAUCGAUACAUCAACUUAUUUAACCAUUUACAGUAGCACAGUAUUUAAUCCGUAUCAAAUACUCACGUUUCCAGUUUUUUUCUGUCAUGAUGAAACAUCGAACAUGACCUUUUCUCCAGUUUCAAACAAUAAUUGUGUACACACACUACUCAUGUCCCCAAGUUACAAAGCGUAUGUGAAAUGCUUAUACCUGCAGUUGUAACAAGUUAAAAGGUCAACCCAAAAUAUUCCACGCAUUUUUUCUAUGAGCUCUAACCACUGGUUUAGUAUAUCACAUAGUUCUUUACUACGCAAGUAAUGUUGAACUGGGAUGAACUUUUGUAAGAACAAUAAGAACAAAGACUCAUUCGCUGUUUACAAGUCAUGUUUGUUUUGUUCAGGAUACAUGGAGCUCUUUUGAUUUCGGUAAUUACAAAACACACAUCAAGCCCUCAGAGGUUGUGUACAUAAUGGUGGGUGUAAUUUCUUUAUCUAUGUAUUGUAAACACACAUCCUAUUAAAAGUAUGCCCAUAUAUGCGUUCCUUUCAGUGAAAGGAAAAACAAUAAAUAUGAAUAAACAUAGCUGGUGUUAAAUUCA